UGUGGAAAAUCCUUCCAAACCAGUAGCGUUAUGAAGAAACAUACAUUAGUACACACAUGAGAGAGUCCUCAUAAGUGCACUAUAUAUGGAAAAUCCUUCCAAACCAGUGGCGAUAUGAAGAAACAUACAUUAGUACACACCGGAGAGAGACCUCAUAAGUGUACUAUAUGUGGAAAAUCCCCCUCAACCAGUGGCAAUAUGAAGAUACAUACAUUAGUACACACAGGAGAGAGACCUCAUAAGUGCACUAUAUGUGGAAAAUCCUUCUCAAACAGUGGCAAUAUGAAGAAACAUACAUUAGUACACACGGGAGAGAGACCUCAUAAGUGCACUAUAUGUGGAAAAUCCUUCUCAAACAGUGGCAAUAUGAAGAAACAUACAUUAGUGCACACAGGAGAGAGACCUCAUAAGUGCACUAUAUGUGGAAAAUCCUUCACAACCAGGAGCCAUAUGAAGAUACAUACAUUAGUACACACCGGAGAGAGACCUCAUAAGUGCACUAUAUGUGGAAAAUUCUUUACAACCAGUGUCAGUAUGAAGAGACAUACAUUAGUGCACACGGGAGAGAGACCUCAUAAGUGCACUAUAUGUGGAAAAUCCUUCCAAACCAGUGGCGAUAUGAAGAAACAUACAUUAGUACACACCGGAGAGAGACCUCAUAAGUGCACUAUAUGUGGAAAAUCCCCCUCAACCAGUGGCCAUAUGAAGAAACAUACAUUAGUACACACCGGAGAGAGACCUCAUAAGUGUACUAUAUGUGGAAAAUCCUUCUCAACCAAUGACACUAUGAAGAAACAUACAUUAGUACACACCGGAGAGAGAGACCUCAUAAAUGCACUAUAUGUGGAAAAUCCUUCUCAAACAGUGGCAAUAUCCUUCCAAACCAGUGGCGAUAUGAAGAAACAUACAUUAGUACACACCGGAGAGAGACCUCAUAAGUGCACUAUAUGUGGAAAAUCCUUCCAAACCAGUGGCCAUAUGAAGAAACAUACAUUAGUACACACAGGAGAGAGACCUCAUAAGUGCACUAUAUGUGGAAAAUCCUUCCAAACCAGUGACCAGAUGAAGAAACAUACAUCAGUACACACAGGAGAGAGACCUCAUAAGUGCACUAUAUGUGGAAAAUCCUUCACAACCAGUGGCCAUAUGAAGAAACAUACAUUAGUACACACAGGAGAGAGACCUCAUAAGUGCACUAUAUGUGGAAAAUCCUUCCAAACCAGUGGCCAUAUGAAGAAACAUACAUUAGUACACACAGGAGAGAGACCUCAUAAGUGCACUAUAUGUGGAAAAUCCUUCCAAACCAGUGGCCAUACGAAGAAACAUACAUUAGUACACACAGUAGAGAGACCUCAUAAGUGCACUAUAUGUGGAAAAUCCUUCCAAACCAGUAGCGUUAUGAAGAAACAUACAUUAGUACACACAGGAGAGAGUCCUCAUAAGUGCACUAUAUAUGGAAAAUCCUUCCAAACCAGUGGCGAUAUGAAGAAACAUACAUUAGUACACACCGGAGAGAGACCUCAUAAGUGUACUAUAUGUGGAAAAUCCUUCCAAACCAGUAGCGUUAUGAAGAAACAUACGUUAGUGCACACCGGAGAGAGACCUCACAAGUGCACUAUAUGUGGAAAAUCCUUCCAAACCAGUGGCGAUAUGAAGAAACAUACAUUAGUACACACCGGAGAGAGACCUCAUAAGUGCACUAUAUGUGGAAAAUCAUUCAAAACCAGGGGCAGUAUGAAGAAACAUACAUUAGUACACACAGGAGAGAGACCUCAUAAAUGCACUAUAUGUGGAAAAUCCUUCUCAACCAGUGGCAAUAUGAAGAAACAUACAUUAGUACACACAGGAGAGAGACCUCAUAAGUGCACUAUCAAAUAAAGUCAUACAAGCAUACAAAUGUACGAUUUCCAUGAUAAUAUAAAAUAUAGUCUAAGAUAUGGAAUAAAACAAAUGAUAGACGUAAUAACAUUGUAUCAUGCCAUAGGCUAUACAGCGGUUUGUUAUCAUUCUUGUCAUCUGAAAACCAUUCUAAAUACACCUAAACACAUUUUUGUGCUAGGACUACAAAAAAUGCGUUUGAAACCAAUGAAUUCCACUUAUAAAUCUACUUUUAGAAAUGUAUUAAAAUGCCCUGUAAACGUAAACAAGAGAAAGUGUUAAACGCUGUACAUAAACACUCUGAAUAUUCUCACAUAUGGCUUUAGGCUAGAUAAUAUAGUUUCAAAGGCUAAAUUUAAGGGUUUGCAAGACAAAAAUAUCAAAGCCUUUACUUAAUGCUCUAAGAGCUUGUGCAUUAAAUGAUUUACACAAGUGGUAAGAGAUUAGUUACUAUACUAAAUCACAUUUACAUUAAGUCUUUAUAGUAUAUUCACAAAAAAUAAAAACAAACUAGUUAAAGAAAGAACAUUUUAAUCUUGAUGCCAUCUCAACACUAACACAAAACAUCAUAACAACAACGUUAACCAUGCUUUCAACAAGACAAUAAAUAAAAUACCAUUAAACAUAUGAUCCAAUAUCACACUUCUCCCCCUUCAGAUAAAGCUCCACUUCUCUUACGUAGUUGGUCUGCGUGUUUUCGCUUCAGAAGUCCACCAACCAUUACUUGGUAGGAUAGCUAACCAGUUCUUGAUUUAAUCACUCCUGGAGUCCAGCCGGUACCUAUUUCUCUCUGCACCCAGACUUCUUCCCCCUUUAGAAAAUUCCCUACGUCUACUUUUUCCAUCAUGAUACUCCUUUUGUUUGAAAACAGAUUCUGUUAAAAGCCCACGGUUAAAGAUGUGAUAUUUAAAUUGUCCUAAAUUAAACCUGACGUGGGCUUUAAAUUGUACAAUGGAGAUCAAAGUCUUUUGCCGAAGAACUGUUCUGAAGGAAGUUUGCUCGUUGAUUUUUGUGGUGUGUUUCUGUAGGCAAACAAUAGCUUGAUCUUGCCUGUCACCCUUACUGGACAAAUAUCUUGAUUUGAAGGUUUUGAUGAACCGUUCAACUUGGACAUUCGUCUUCGGAUGAUACGGUGUACUGCAGACAUGUUUUAUUGCGUUAUCCUUGCAAAACUUCUCAAAGACCUUUGCAGUAAACUGCGUCCCAUUGUCCAUGACAAUCAUCCUAGGAACUCCAUAGCGAGAAAACCAUUCCCAUAACUUGUUUAUCAUACUGGCAGCUUUAAUCCAUCUAACCAUUGAUAUCUCUGGCCAUUUAGAAAAUGCAUCUACACCAACUAACCAAUCCCACUCAUCAAAUGGCCUAGCAUAAUCCAAGUGUAUACUUUCCCAAGGACCAUCUGGUACAUUCCACGAGUACCGAGGUACCUCUGGUUCCCUUGGACGGUUCAUCUGACACCCAUUGCAAGUCUUCACAUACUUUUCUAUAUCUUCGUCAAUCUUGCACAACCACACAUAGUACCUUGACAGACUCCUCAUAGCUUUAAUUCCGGGAUGUCCUUGAUGAAAUACACGUAGAGUUUUCUUUUGAAGGAUCUGUGGAACUACUAUCCUAUUUCCCCACAUCAGAAUUCCUUUCACAGAAGAAAGUUCUUCUCGUCUGUGAAAAAAAGGAGACAAAGACAAAAGAUCAUUAGGCAACUUUUAUGGCCAUUGUGAUUCCAUAAAAACAUCAUCACACACCUGCAAGUUUCAUCUUUUCUAGUUUCUUCUUGCAGUUCCUUUGUUGUCAGAGCCAUAUCAUCUAUCUUUUCCUGAACCAGUAGUUUUGCAGACAACUCUUCUCUUGAUGGUUGGUCACACUCGCUGGGCAGUCUAGAGAGUGCAUCCACCAACACAUUGUUUCUACCUUCUAUAUACUUUAUAUCAAAGUCAUAUUUGUUAAAGAAAAUAGCCCAUCGAACCAACCUGUUAACCUGUCUUGGUCAAAUCCCGAUGUUUACCAAAAAUUAUUUCUAAAGGCUUGUGGUCACUACUUAAGGUAAAAUGUCUGCCAUAAAGAUACUGGUGGAAUUUGACCACUCCAAACACACAAGCAAGUGCUUCCCUGUCAAUUGACGAGUAUCGCUUUUCCGAUUCCUGCAAAGUUCGCGAAGCAAAGGCAACUGGUCUUUCUAUAUAUAGAGAACCAACAGCAUUGCUUCGGAUUCUGCGGAUGGACAUCAAAACAUCAGAUUGAAUAACUGGUUUAAAAUUAAACUCUUCUCAGGUGCGGGGUUGGAGAGUUAACUAGCUCAUUUAAGUAACUGUCAACUUGAAAACUGUCUCAUUAAAAAUAUCACAUUUAUUCCCUAUUUAAAUAGAAUUAGUUUAACGAUUACUGUACUUAGGUUUGCUGCAACAGAGGGAGGGUAAUAGAGUGUUUUUUUAUGUUAAUAUCUUAGUAAGUAAUAAAUGCAUCCUCCAAAUUUGAUCAAAGUAUGUUCAUAAACAAGCAAACUAUUUUUUAGUGUUAAUCAAUGAUGUAGAAGUUAAUGUGUCAUCUGGAAUUUUCAUGUAUGCAGACGACGCCACAUUGAUCGCUAGAAACAAAAUAAAAAAAUUGGCCGAUGUUGACAUCCAGGGAAAUUAAAACAAGGUUAGUGGCUGGCUGGAUGCAAACAAUUUGAUUUUGAAUAGAGAAAAAAAAUCACCACUGAUUUUUGGCCUGAGGGGUCUGACCGGGGAAGAGGGGGUCAUUUCAACCAAGCUCCUUGGUGUUCGGCUGGAUCCUACUCAUUCUUGGUUGGAUCAUUCAUCUCCGAAGUAAGCAUGAGAUUGGCUUGUGAGGUUUUUGCUCUAAGACGACUCUGUGGUGUCGUGACAUAAAAUGCUAGUUAGAAUAGCCCAUUUUGGAUUAUUUAUGGUUUGAUCGUCUGGGGCAGUGCCUCGGCAUCAAAAGAUGAUUUUAUACAAAAACAUGCUGUCCGAAACAUUGCAGGAGUUCAUUAUAAAUCUUUUGUUCAUUUUAAAAUUUUAACUCUACACUGUCUUUGUUCUACAAAACUUGUUAGCCUAUUCAUUAAAAAUCAACCUGAUUUGAUGCAUAAUAUGGCGUACACUCUUACAACAAUAGAAUAAAAUACGACUUACAAUUGCCUUAUGUUAGGCUAAGUAAAUCAAUGGAAAAACCCAUCUGUACUAGCCAUUAGAUUAUUUAAUGAGCUAUUUACCCCUUCUUAUUAGGGACAUGAACAUUAAAUACCUACUGUAAUAAAUUUAAAACUGUUGUAACCAGGUUCUUGCUUGCAAAAGCAUUUUAUUUAAUUGAUGAAUAUUUGAUAGGAAAAUGUACUUACAAUGAUUUUGUUUGAAUAUAGCAAGCCCUAUGUUCAUUUUUGCUAUUGUAUAAAUUAAAUAUUGUAAAGUGACAUAUCCAAUGUAUCCAAAAGAAUAUCUGAUGGAAAUAAAGAUUUUUU